CAUUGGCAUUGGGUUUGCGAUCGUAUUAUUGUUAUUAUAAUACUGUGUAUAAAGUGUCCCAACAUUUGGGCUGAAAGACUGGUUUUGGCUGCGAGUGAAGCAAACUUCACACCCGAGACACACAUCGACACACAUCUCACACACUCUCACUCACAGACAUCACAACCACUACUUCAACAAUAAUACUCGGUCAAAGAGUGUUGUAUUGAACGUAUUGUGCGAUCGAUGGGAAGCCGAAGACACCAUCUGGUGAUGUGUGAGAGUCGACGACCCGUUUGUGUCCACUAUUUAUAGAGAUUUACUGUUUUAUGGUUUAUGGAGAGGACAUCGGAUGACAACCGGAUGUUUGCACACAAUGUAUCAAUGCAUUGGUGGCGAAGAUCCUGUUCCCCAACAGGAUAUGUUGCUUAGAUUACCUGCAACCGGACCUACAGUAUUACAGUGCUCUCUGCCUGUGCUCUCAGUGCCCAGCCUUGCAUUUUGCCCAUUCCUUCCCAUUCCUUACAACACAUACGGAGCUAUUCUGUGCACUCCUUCACAAGACAUACACCUCUCUCGCAAUACGAGCGCUGACUCCAGUGCUGGAGCUCUCCAUACACUCCCAUAA